ACCUCUUGUCAUGGUUACCGCCAUUUUUACUUGUUUAUUGACCAUGCCACGCACUUUACUUGGGUGUAUUUUAUGAAGCUGAAAUCCAAUAUCCUUUCGGUUACCGCUGAUUUUCUCAAAAUGGUGCAGACACAAUUCGGGUAGCCCAUUAAACUCAUUCCAUCAGAUAAGGGAGGCGAGUUCGGUUCACAUCCACUUCAGGUGUGUGAAGAAAGCUUUCCCAGGUGUGUCACAGUAGAAUGGCGUGGUGGAAAGAAAAAAUAGGCAUGUUUUCAAACUCACUCGAGAUCUCUUGUUAGCCUCACAUGUCCCACCUUGUUUUUGGCCAAAAACUGUUGCUACUGUUGUGCGUCUCAUAAAUUACCAAACCAAUCAUGUCCUUUAUCACGUCAGUUCUUAUUUUUCUCUUUACAAAACCCAUCCUAACUAUUUGCGUCUUAGGGUCUUUAGUUGCUACAUUUUGUCCUUCUUCCUCGAAAAGAUCGUACUAAGCUAGUUCCCAAAACCUCUGCUUCAUAUUUCUCGGCUAUAGUGAUAUCCAUAAAGGUAUCAUUGUUUUUAUCGCACCUCCCAACGCUUUCGUGUCUCCUGUGAUGUUGUAUUCAUUGAAAAUGUUAUGUUUUACUCGUCGUGUAGUCCUUCAUCUACCCCUUUGAUUUCUUCCGCAUACCUUCCCACCUUAUCCGACAAAGAUGAUGCUGAUGAUACACCUUGUCUCCCCCCAUUCACUUCCGUCAUCACCUUCUUCUAGCUCGUCUUCCUGUGAUGAAUCGUCGCCGCCUUCACCACCAGAACCUCUAGUUCUUCGUCGUUCGCUCUGCAACAACUUGGGUAAGCUUCCCGCUCGGCUCUUUGAUAGUUUGGUUUAUGGCAUCGAUCUCGUGUUUGUUCCUUCCACUUAUAAGAAGGUUCAUAGGAUUCCUGAAUGGGAUGAUGCCGUGCACGUGGAGCUCGGGGCCUUAUAUGAUAAUGAGACGUGGACUAUUGUACCCCAUCCUCCACCAGUACCACACAUUGGGAUUCGUUGGGUGUACACUAUCAAGGUCAGGCCCAAUGGGAGUAUUGAACGACACAAGGCUCGGUAGUCACACAGGGCUUUAGCCAGGAGUAUGGGAUAGAUUUCAAUGAAACCUUUGCACCUGUUUCCAAGAUGAUGACAAUUCAUAAUCUCUUAGCUGUCGAUGCAUCCCGAAAUUGGCAUCUAUACCAGCUUGAUGUCAAGAAAGCAUUCCUACAUGGUGAUCUAAAGGAGGUCAUUUACAUGGACCUUCCAUCUGGUUGUCCCUGUUCUCCAAAGAAGAUGUUUGUCUUAUCUUCCGAUCUCUUUAAGGGUUCAAGCAGGCACCUCGUUCCUAGUUUGACAAGUUUCAUAACACUAUUGUCAGUCUGAGUAUGCAACAGAGUUUGAAUGACAUGUCCCUCUUCACUAAGUCCACACCAAGAGGAAUAGUUGUUCUUUUACUGUAUGUUGAUGAUAUGGUGGUGACAAGCGAUGAUUCUAAUGGGAUUGAAGAGCUUGCUGCAGGCUUACGGUCUUCUUUCAGUCAUAAGGAACUCGAGUCUCUUUCUUCUUUUCUGGGUUUGGAAAUAACUCGGUUACCUCAAGGCAUUUUACUUAGUCAACCAAAAUAUGUAGAUGAUCUUCUUGAAACCACAGGGUUUACGGACUGUUGGCUAGUCUUAACACCUAUGGAGCUGAAUGUCAAAUUGGGUAAAGAUGUUGGUGAACCAUUGGCAGAUGGGCGCCAAUAUCGCAGCCUUGUGGGUAGUCUUAACUACAUGACUCAUACUCGAGCAUAAUCUUGUACACAGUUCAUAUACUAACUCAUUUCAUGAAUUCCCCACAUGAUGUCCAUCUCCACGCUGCACACAGGGUACUCCGCUAUCUAUCUGGUACGAAAACCGUGAGGUUGUUCUUUCCUUCUCGUCGAGAUGAUACUAUUAGCGCCUAUUCCGACUCUGAGUUUGCGAGAUGUAUUGAUACUCGUCGUUCUAUCAAAGGGUGGUGCAUCUGAUAUGGUGGAUCAUUUGUUUCUUGGAGAUGUAAGAAACAAGACUAGGUGUCUAAGAGAUCUACUGAAGCUGAAUAUCGAGCUAUGUCAGACAUGGCUUCAGAAAUUAUUUGGUUGUGACGUCUGCUUGGUGAGUUUGGUGUUAUAGGUCUGACUGCUAUUCGUGUAAAGCUAAUGGACACUACAUUCCUACUGCAGAACACGAAGCCGAUCUCUUGACAGAGACAUUCACUACCGCCCGUCAUUGGUACUUAUCUAGCAAAUUGAUGCUCCGAGAUUCACAUCAGUUUGAGGAAGGCUGUUAAUCGUAGCAUAUCCUAGUUAUAUGUAUGCCCAUGACAUGUAUUAUGUUGUAGUAUUGAUACGUAGCUCAUUAGCUUUGUAUAACCCUAUUUCGGCAGCUAGGGUUAGGCGUGUAUAUCAACUCUUGUAACCGGACGUAUGAGGUAACAAAUCAGAGUAUCUCCUUCCCGUGGACUAGUCGGUAUUGGACCCUGCAAUACUUGAAACCACGUAAAACGUCGUGUGUUGUGUUUACGAUUUGAAUACAUUUUGAUAUCUUAA